UUCCCGUGUCCCUCCCGCCUCCUUCCCGCCCAAGCCAAUGGCACGGCGGUGUCUUCACCCUUCCGGAGCCCCCCCGAAGUGGCGUUGGGUAGCGACGAUGGACGCUGAGGUGCAGCAGGCGCUGCUCAAUUACUACUGCCAGGAGGGGCUCUUCCAGCACGCCCGGGCCGCGGCGAACGAGGCGCUGGCGCGGGUGGGCGCGGACCCCGUACUUCUCUUCUACAGGGCCUACGGCGCGCUGAGGACAGGCGAUGUCCAAGAAAGUAUUCGACAGUUGGAGUCUAUUAAAAACAAACAGGAGGUGUCACUUUGUACAAUGAUGGCUCUGAUUUAUGCCCAUAAAAAGAGCCCUAAUCCAGAUCGAGAGGCUAUUCUGGAGUUGGAUGCAAGGCUGAAGGAACAGCGUAAAACAGCAGGACAGCAGGCUCUGUACUAUGCUGGCUUGUUUCUGUGGCAUCUUGGUCGUGAGGACAAAGCCCGUGAAUAUGUUGAUAGAAUGAUCAAAGUUUCUGGUGGUGGUAAAGAGGGCUUAAUUUUGAAAGCUUGGCUUGAUCUCACCUGUGGGAAAGAAACUCACAUUAAGAAAGCUUUGAAAUACUUUGAUGAAGCACUGCAGGAAGGCAAUGAUGUUUUUGCACUGCUUGGUAAAGCACAGUAUUUUGAAGUCCGACAGAAUUAUUCAGGAGCUCUGGACAUUGUUAACCAGAUAAUUGCAAUCUUCCCAAACUUCAUUCCUGCUUUCAUAAAGAAAAUGAAGCUACAACUUGCCUUGCAGGACUGGGAGCAGACAGUUGAAACGGCACAUAGACUCUUGCAGAAAGAUCCCCUCAAUUUAGAAGCCAUGAGAAUGGAGGCCCUGCAUCAUCUGUGCAGGGAAGGAAAUAUAUCUGAGGCUUCAGCAAGACUGGGAGACCUGAUUAAAGCGCUGGAUAGAUUAGAACCACGUAAUUCUGAGCUAUUCUGUAAAAUGGCAUUAGCUUUCAGUAGAACAUGUGGCCGGAACCAGCUCAUCCUUCAACAUACACAAACCUUAGUACAAAGAGCUUUUGAUUUGGCAUCUGACAAUGCAGAAUUUGCUACUGAACUUGGCUAUCAAAUGAUCUUACAAGGGAAAGUGAAAGAAGCUCUAAAAUGGUACAAGACUGCUAUGACACUUGAUGAAACAAGUGUUUCUGCACUAACUGGAAUUAUCCGCUGUCAGCUAAUACAAGGGCAAUUAGAAGAUGCGGAGCAGCAGUUGGAGUUUCUUAAUGAAAUUCAACAGUCCAUUGGGAAAUCUGGGGAAUUAUCUUUCCUGCAUGCAGUCCUAGCUAUGAAAAAACGUAAGAGACAAGAAGAAGUUUUUGCUUUACUGAAUGAUGUUUUGGAUACUCACUUUUCAUCUUUGUGUGGAUUUCCUCUUGGUGUGGAGUAUUUUGAAAAACUAAACCCUGAUUUCUUGCUAGAAAUUAUUAGAGAAUAUCUUAAUUUUUGUCCAGCACAGCCUGCAAGUCCUGGGCAGUCUCCUUCACCACUUCUCAAGCACUGUGCUUCAGUUCUUGAAACUGUUGUAAAAACUGUGCCUGGUCUUCAACAAGCUGUCUUUUUAAUUGCAAAAGUGAAGUACUUGUCAGGGGAUCUUGAAGCAGCCCAUAGUAAUCUACAUUACUGUCUGGAAAGGAACCCUUCUUACGCAGAUGCACACUUACUGAUGGCCCAGGUGUAUUUGGCUCAAAACAAUACCAAGCUAUGUUCUCAGUCCUUGGAACUUUGUCUAAGCUAUAAUUUUGAGGUGAGAGAACAUCCUGUGUAUCACUUAAUUAAGGCCCAAACACAAAAGAAGCUGGGAGAAAUACCAGAAGCUAUUAAAACCUUACAGAUGGCAAGGAAUUUGCCUGGAAUGAGAAAACCUACAGCUUCCUCAAAAACAAAAGGAAAAAGUAUUGAAAUUGAUACAAGUGAUCGUGUGUCUGUGUUCCUAGAGUUGGUAGAUGCUCAUCGUUUGAAUGGAGAACCGCAUGAAGCUGCUAUAGUUAUCCAAGAUGCCAUUAAUGAAUUUUCUGGGACACCCGAGGAGCUAAGAGUUGUGAUUGCAAAUGCAGAUCUGGCAAUUGCUCAAGGAGAUGUGAAACAUGCCUUGACUAUGCUCCGCAAUAUUACACCUGAACAGCCUUACUUUGUACAAGCUAAAGAAAAAAUGGCCGAUAUUUAUCUUCAGUAUAGGAAAGAUAAGAAAUUAUAUGCUGCCUGCUAUAGUGACCUAGUAGAAAAACUGCCGAGUGCUCAUACUUUACUUCUUCUUGGUGAUGCAUACAUGAAUAUUCAAGAGCCUGAUGAAGCCAUAGAAGUCUACGAGCAGGCCUUGAAGAAAAAUCCAAAAGAUCCAUCUUUAGCGAGCAAAAUUGGAAAAGCCCUAAUCAAAACACAUAAUUACUCAAAGGCAAUCAAUUACUAUGAGGCUGCAGUGAGAAAUGGUCAACAGAACUUCCUUUGCUAUGAUUUGGCUGAGCUUUUAAUGAAACUGAAGCAGUAUGAACAGGCAGAAAAAGUGCUUCAGCAAGCUUUAGAUCACGAGCCUGUUAAUGAAUUGUCUUCUCUGAUGGAAGAUGUACGUUACCAGGUACUUCUGGCAAAAAUUUACAGCAAAAUGGAGAAGAUUGACAGAGCUAUUGUUUCAUUACAGCAGGCUCGGGAAUUACAAGGCAGAGUGCUUAAACGGGCUCAAGUAGAACAGCUGGAUGCAGUUCCUGCACAGAAACAGUUAGCGGCUGAGAUUUGUGCUGAGAUUGCAAAACAUUCAACAGCCCAGCGAAACUAUGAAAAAGCAAUUAAAUUCUACAAAGAAGCCCUUGUUCACUGUGAAACCAAUAACAAGGCAAUGUUGGAACUUGCACGUUUAUAUCUUGCACAAGACGAUACUGAUGCCUGUCAGCAUCAGUGUUCCUUACUGCUGAAGAACGACCAAGAUAAUGAAGCAGCAACAAUGAUGAUGGCUGAUCUCAUGUUCAGGAAGCAAGAUUACGAACAAGCUGUUUUUCAUUUCCAGCAGCUCCUGGAACGCAAGCCAGAUAACUAUGCAACCCUCUCUCGAUUAAUUGAUCUGUUAAGAAGAGCUGGGAAAUUAGAAGAAAUCCCAAGAUUUCUUUCAAUGGCUGAAAAACAUUCUUCCCGAACAAAGCUUGAACCAGGAUUUCACUACUGCAAAGGACUAUAUCUUUGGUACACAGGUGAACCAAACGAUGCACUGCGGCAUUUUAAUAAAGCUCGAAAGGACAGUGACUGGGGACAGAAUGCAGUCUACAACAUGAUUGAAAUUUGUUUGAACCCAGAUAAUGAAACUGUGGGUGGAGAAGUCUUUGAAAAUCUUGAUGCUGACAUAGGUAACUCAACAGAGAAGCAGGAGUCUGUGCAGUUGGCUGUAAGAACAGCAGGAAACCUGCUGAAGGAGCUCAAGCCUCAGACCAUUCAGGGUCACAUUCAACUGCGAAUCAUGGAGAAUUAUUGUCUCAUGGCAACCAAACAAAAAUCAAAUGUUGAACAAGCCCUGAACACUUUCACAGAAAUAGUUGUGGCUGAGAAGGAUCAUAUACCAGCACUUCUGGGAAUGGCCACUGCCUACAUGAUCUUGAAACAGACGCCACGAGCCAGAAAUCAGUUAAAACGGAUUUCAAAAAUGAGCUGGAAUCCCAUUGAUGCAGAGGAGUUUGAAAAGAGUUGGCUUCUGCUUGCAGAUAUAUAUAUUCAAUCUGCAAAAUAUGAUAUGGCAGGUGAACUUCUGAAACGAUGCCUUCGUCAUAACAGGUCAUGCUGCAAGGCUUAUGAAUACAUGGGAUACAUAAUGGAAAAGGAACAGGCGUAUAAGGAUGCAGCAAUAAAUUAUGAAAUGGCCUGGAAGUAUGGAAACCAGACGAAUCCAACAGUAGGCUACAAGCUGGCUUUCAAUUACCUGAAAGGGAAGAGAUACGUUGAUGCAAUCGAUGUUUGCCACAAGGUUCUUAAAGCGCAUCCAAACUAUCCGAAGAUCAGAAAGGAAAUACUGGACAAGGCUCGUACAUCUCUAAGAAACUGAAUUUGUUUUUUGUAUGACUCAUGGAGUUUUGUUAAUCAAACUUUGGAAGCUAUGAAUGAAAUACUGCAGUGACAGAGACCACGUCAGCAAAAUAAUACUGUGGAUAUGAUGGAUUUAACUGUAUUAGAGAUCUGGAUUAUUUUUAUGAAAAAUCUACACCCCUGAAAGAAACCAUAUUUUUCUCAUUCAGGAUAGAAUACCAUUCCCACAUGUGUUAUGUAAAGUAUCAUCAUAACAAAGUGUUACAAGCAUUAUAAAAACAUUUUUAACAUAUAACGCGGUAUUUUGUUGUGCUUAUUUGAAAUAACUCUAAAACAACUUGUCUUAUCUAGUGUAUGUGUAUUGUUAAGAUGCUGAAUUUUAGUUAAUUUAAGCUAUUACUUCAUAAUUACGGUGUAAUCUUUAUUAGUAGAGGUGUAUUUCUAAAUUAUGAGGGAGUUUUAUUUCUACAUAUACUAAAGGCAUGCUUUAUUUUUUUAAAAAUCUUGAAAGCAAACAGCUAUAUGCAUUGUUCUCAAUUGAAUUUACACUUCUAAUGAAAAUAUAACAGUUACAAUUUCGAUCCUGUGGAAAUACUCAGUAAAGACUUUCAUAGAUCCUGCAGGUCUUACACAGAAUUUACUUUCUGCUCAUGUUAGUAUCCACCUGUCAGAUUUCCAU